AUGCAACCAUGCUGCGAGGCAAGUAGCUUCGUUGAGAAUCGGGACGAGUUUGGAAAGGAGCUAGGCAUUUCUGGAUCGCUGAAAUUUCUCUUGCAUCCUCCUGCCUGGUUUGCACAGAACUUGAUGCUGCCCAUUCCUAUCAACUUCAGUGAUAGUUUAACAAAAAUCAAGAAUGAACGAAGGUCCAGAAACUCUGCAAGCCUCAAAGCGUAUAUUGGUUAUUUGGGUUUAUUCCAAGGCUCCGUACUAUCAGACAACGCGGUGUGGAUGGUGAUCCUAGUCACUUUGCCCGAAGCCAUCCGGCUAUUGUCAGACAGGCAGAUCCUACACCACAUUUGCCUCAAAGCCGGCUUCGCAUGGCCCGCAUAUUCUCGACAAAUAGAAAUCGGCUCAUCAAAACAAGACUUGCAGAUUUUCCAGGCCGAGUACGCAAGUGGCGUAUCAAUGUCAAAUGUUGAAUUAAAGGGAAUUCUAGUUCAGGAGAAGAUAAGAAAUGACCGCCGGGCAGUAAAAAAAGGAAAAAGCGAACAGAACCAUAACUUACUCCGGUACUGA